CCAUUUCUCGAUCUCAUCGUACAACUCCCACCCUCUGAUUCCCCACCCCCCCCAAAAAAACCCCAGGUCGAAACCCUAACUCGGGCGAUUCGACUCGGUUAUCCCCACCCCAAUCGUCUUCAUCCUCUGGCAAUGCGACCCUGGUUCUCGGCCAUACCCCUCUCGAGAGAGGACUCCUUUUUGUUGUUCGGCUUUAACCUUCUCUUUUCAGAUUUGUUUAACGAGUUCGAGAAAUGACCAAAGAUUCACAGGCCCCUAAUUCCAGGGGUGUCCUUUGCAAUGCUGGUGCUGGCGCCGCCGCCGGUGUUAUUGCUGCAACAUUCGUGUGUCCUUUAGAUGUUAUAAAGACGAGAUUGCAAGUUCAUGGGCUGCCGAAGCUCGGUAACGCUACCGUUAGACGUAGUCUUAUAGUUGGUAGCUUGGAACAGAUCUUUCAGAAGGAAGGCUUACGCGGCAUGUACCGUGGGCUUGCUCCAACUGUACUCGCUUUACUUCCUAAUUGGGCUGUAUAUUUUACAGUGUAUGAGCAGCUCAAAAACUAUCUUUGUUCUAAUGAUGAGAAGCAACAUCUCUCGGUAGGUGCUAACAUGCUAGCUGCUUCUGGUGCUGGAGCUGCUACAACCUGUUUUACAAAUCCUCUUUGGGUUGUGAAGACUAGACUUCAAACGCAAGGUAUCAGAGCAGGAGUGGUUCCCUAUAGGAGUACGCUUUCUGCUUUGAGGAGAAUAGCUCAUGAGGAGGGUGUUCGGGGUCUGUACAGUGGACUCGUCCCUGCAUUAGCUGGUAUUAGUCAUGUUGCCAUUCAGUUUCCAACAUACGAGAAGAUCAAAUUCUAUUUAGCUAAUCAAGAUAACACUCCAGUGGAUAAACUCGGUGCACGGGACGUUGCUGUUGCAUCAUCAGUUUCCAAAAUAUUUGCAUCCACAUUGACUUAUCCACAUGAGGUGGUACGUUCAAGGCUUCAGGAACAGGGGCAUCACUCGGAGAAACGCUAUUCCGGUAUGGCAGAUUGUAUCCGAAAACUGUUUCAGCAAGAAGGGCUUGCUGGAUUCUACCGCGGGUGCGCAACGAAUCUUAUCAGGACCACACCUGCAGCUGUGAUCACCUUCACCAGUUUUGAGAUGAUUCAUCGAUUUCUUAUCAAUCUUUUCCCUUCUGAUCCGGAGCCUCACACGUUAUGAGGUGCGUUAUGCUCAACCAAAGAUAUAGCCCGUCUCCCGGCAUGUGUCCCGGCAUAUGACCGGGAAGCAUUGCAUCAUCUUGGUAGUGAUGCAUUGCCAGUGUAUUUUUCUGGUAGAGUUUUAGCAAUAUUCAUUCUUUCAUCUCAUCUAUGUCCGGUGAGAUCAAAGGUUCUGAGGAAGGUGUGGACGAGUUAUACUGACGAUGAUAAUGUCGAAAAUGAUAUAUGUGAGCUUAAAUUAAUACAUUCAUUUAAAAAAACAACAACAUAGGUUGCCAAGUACAAUUAUUUAUCUU